UUUCCUGCGGUUAUAUUUUCAAGAUGGAGGUCGACGAGCAAGGUGCGACUGGGGGAGCCGAGGAAGGUACAUCCAGGGGGGUGAUGGCAGCCCCUGGAACAGCGGGAAGUGUAACAGUCCAGCUGCACCCCCUGGUGAUCAUGAACGUGUCAGAACACUGGACCCGCAUCCGCGCUCAGGAGGGCAAGGCUGUACAAGUUCUGGGAGCCCUGCUGGGUAAGCAGUCAGGGAGGAACCUGGAGAUCUGUAACUCCUUUGAACUGAUGUUUGACACCAUCGAUGGAGACAUCAUCAUCGACAGGGACUACUUUAGCACCAAGGAGGAACAAUUUCGUCAGGUGUUUAAGGAGCUGGACUUCUUAGGCUGGUACACUACAGGAGGAGAUCCUUCUGAGGCUGACAGGAAAGUACACAGACAGGUUUGUGAGAUAAAUGAGAGCCCCAUCCUACUGAAACUCAAUCCCAUGGCCCGACACACAGACCUCCCAGUGAGUAUAUAUGAGUCAGUGAUUGACCUUGUGAAAGGCGAGGCGACCAUGUUGUUUGUGGAGCUGCAGUACACGCUGGCUACGGAGGAGGCUGAGCGGAUAGGGGUGGACCAUGUCGCCAGGAUGUCCAACGCCGACACAUCUGAUAGCUCCACAGUUGCUGAACACCUGGUUGCCCAGCACAGUGCCAUCAAGAUGUUACACUGUCGGGUCAAAAUCAUCCUGGAGUACAUCAAGGAUGUUCAAAGAGGGGCGGUACCAAGGAACCAUGAGAUCAUGCGUGAGGCCUACAGUCUGUGCCACCGACUACCUGUACUGGACACACCUAACUUCACUGGAGACUUCUAUAAUCAAUGUAAUGACGUGAGCCUGAUGGCUUACCUGGGGGCCAUCACUAAAGGCUGCAACACCAUCAACCAGUUUAUCAACAAGUUCAGCCUGCUGUACGACCGACCAGGCAUGGGCCGGCGCAUGAGGGGGCUGUUCUUCUGAUGGGAUCUAUGACGGGGGUCAGAAGAUAGAGGGGGGAAGGUGUCCUUCUGAUGUGUUUGACAACUGGGGGGUCAGAAGAGGGGGUGUUGUUCUCUGGAACUGGAAAUACUGCGUAUUGGGCCGAGUUGACCAGAUUUUCGAUGGUGUGAGUCGUCCUGAUUCUGAUUGCUACAUACUUUAUGUGACCAGGCCUUUAGUGAGGUAAUUACAUGACAUUGUAUAUUGGAGUCUAUCUACACAUAACCUGCACCAGCCCUGUACUAGGUUCUCAGCUCUAAGUCAAUACUGUUUAACAGGGAACAUCACUUUGGCCGUAGUGACGUACAUGUUGUGCUUUAUCGUGGGCCCUAUCCUGUGUUAAGAAUCACAAAAUUUCUUAAAAUGGGCCAAGAUACUCUUGUAACAUUAAUAUGUUCUAAAGUAAACAGUUGCUAUGGUGGUUCUAGUAUCAUUUUGAAUCUGUUGUACCAUUAGACUGUAUCUGUAAAGCGGGUAAUACUAUACAUUAUAACCACUCCUCAGCAUAUCACACUAGAAACUAAAAGUUCUGUUCAAUUACUGUCUUCUACUGUUACAAAGGAGACCCUGACUGUUUACGCUGUGGAAAAGAAAACACAACAAGAGACUCAGAGGGUGCAAAAGGAAAGUUAAGCUCAUUAAAUUG